AUGAUUACAGGGUUCUUGCUGAUCGGCACUGGCUUAGCCCUGGCUUAUCGAAAAAUAAAGAAAGCAGAAACGGCUGUUCAAACCCCCUCAAGGCUGCCCACUAUGUUGAUUGGAACAAUGGAGCGAGCUGUGGCUUCUCAGAAUGGGUUCAUUCUACGCAGCACGGAUGACAUCUUGGAGAAGCUUGUGGCUGCUGUGAAGGGAGACAUGCAAGCAUGGGACCUCUCAGACUCGCCAGACUCCGAAUUGCCCGAGUAUUACUUUGACACCCACUGUGAUGAUGUGAUGCUGAGGCUCAAGACAUUCCGAUUCAUCCCCGCCACACGCCUAUACACUAAGGGAAAUGAGAGUAAGGAUAUAAGCACACAGCCCCACUCCACUGACGACCUGCUGUUGGCCAACACCCUCAACGACUCUUACUGCUGGUUUGAUGAGCCAUCAAGCAGCCUUGACACCUCCACCUUCCCCAACAAUAGAGACACUUUGCAGCGUGAACCACGUGGGUCUCUGCUCCCUGACCUGUUUCCUGUUUGGAAAGAGUUCCAGCUUCAUCACGGAGUUUCUCUCGGUUUGUGGGCUCAUCUAAAGGACCAACGUGGAUCGAGAAGUCAGCGCUCUCAGGAGGCCGACAAUUUAGUUGAAGAAAGAAGUGGAAGAAAAAAAUACAACCGUGACGAGUUUGGGAAAGAUUUCACUGUGAAAGCUUCCCUAAAAAUGCAUCAGGUCAUCCACACCGGAGAGAGACCGUUCAGCUGUGGAGACUGUGGAAAAUCUUUUACCAGGUCUGGAAGCUUAAAAAGACACCAACUCAUCCACACUGGAGAGAGACCGUUCAGCUGUGGAGACUGUGGAAAGUCUUUUACCACGUCUGGACACUUAAAAACACACCAACUCAUCCACACUGGAGAGAGACCGUUCAGCUGUGGAGACUGUGGAAAGUCUUUUACCGAGUCUGGAAACUUAAAAACACACCAACUCAUCCACAGUGGGGAGAGACCGUUCAGCUGUGACGAGUGUGGAAAGUCUUUUACCGAGUCUGGAAACUUAAAAACACACCAACUCAUCCACACUGGAGAGAGACCGUUCAGCUGUGGAGACUGUGGAAAGUCUUUUACGCAGUCUGGACACUUAAAAAGACACCAACUGAUCCACAGUGGAGAGAGACCGUUCAGCUGUGAUGAGUGUGGAAAGUCUUUUACCGAGUCUGGAAGCUUAAAAAGACACCAACUAAUCCACACUGGAGAGAGACCGUUCAGCUGUGGAGACUGUGGAAAGUCUUUUACCGAGUCUGGAAACUUAAAAACACACCAACUGAUCCACAGUGGAGAGAGACCGUUCAGCUGUGACGAGUGUGGAAAGUCUUUUGCCCUCUCUGGAAGCUUAAAAACACACAAACUCAUCCACACUGGAGAGAGACCGUUAAACUGUGGAGACUGUGGAAAGUCUUUUACCGAGUCUGGAAGCUUAAAAACACACAAACUUAUCCACACUGGAGAGAGACCGUUCAGCUGUGGAGACUGUGGAAAGUCUUUUACGCAGUCUGGACACUUAAAAAGACACCAACUAAUCCACAGUGGAGAGAGACCGUUCAGCUGUGACGAGUGUGGAAAGUCUUUUAUGAGCAUUUCACACUUAAAAUCACAUCAACUCAUCCACAGUGGAGUUAAAGCGUACACCUGUGAUCAGUGUGGCAGAGCUUUUACUCACAGUAACAACUUACAGAGUCAUCUAGUUACCCACUCUGGAAUUAAGGCGUACAGCUGUGACAUUUGUGGAAAAACUUUCAGCCGGAUAGGGAGCCGAAAUACACACCUACGCAUUCACACCGGACAUGAUGUGUACAGCUGUGAUCAGUGUGGUAAACAGUUUACUACAAACACACAGUUACGACGUCACAUGUUUACCCACACUGAGGAACGACCUUAUAAAUGUGACCUGUGUGAGAAGACUUUUAAAUCUCCACAUUACCUGAAAGCACACCAACAGAUCCACACCAGAAAGACUCUACAAGUGCAGUUACUGUGA